GGAGGGCCACAACUUCCCAGCCCUUGCCCUCCUGGUUUCUGUGCCUGUCUGAAGCAGCUGCAGUAUAUAACUGAAAUCAUACACACAACCGUUACUGAAAAUUGUGGACGGGGAGAACCAGAAACAAAAGCACAAUUGUAAGUGGUGGGGGGCGGGAAUGACAGUUUAUGAAAUACAGUACAAUGCAAUUUUUAAGACACCCAGGCUGAGUGCAUUAAACUUUCACUUAAAAAACCCACUAGGGAUAUUUUUGUGUGACAAUGAAGAUGAACAAAGGAGUUCUGUAUAUCCUGCGGUCCUGUCCCUGACCACACCUAGUCCAUUCCUACUUAAGCUGCCUUGUAAAUACAGCGUCAUUAUGCCUGCCUCUCCAGAUUAACAGACUCGAAGAAGAUCCAGCUACAUCACAAGCCUCCCCACAAGCCAGACGCUAAAGGGAGAGACCAGAAACAAAGGUGCAGAGCAACUUUAAGUAAAUGCCGUCAUUUGCCCAGGGUAAGAAACUUCUUCUAAAUUAGUUUAUAUCAUGUAAAAUAUUUUAAACUUGUGGUCUGAUAACUAUAUUGUUUUCUUCAUAUAUAUAAUAAAACCUUGCAUGAGAUCAGCAGACAUAUAUUGAUAUUAAGAAUAAUUAACAGAUUAUUAAACAGAUAAUUAACAGAUUAUUAAACACAGUUUUACAAAUUUAUCUGAUCAUUGCUUUUAAUAAUUAUUGCAGGUGCUUGGCAUUAUGGAAACUCAGUUCACUUCCAACAGCUUUCAUAUUGUGUGAGAAAAAUAAUCUUCCUGGAUUAGCUUCCUGGCUUUAUUUUUCUGUUGUUGAGACAAACGUGUGUUUCUUUAGUCUGUGACCCUCUCAAUGUGUGUGUGCCUCUUAAAAAAAACCCCUUCCAUAUACAAACACCCUGAGAAAGAAUAGGAUUUUUUUAAUCUUUAUACUGAAUUGGCUCAUCAAAUCUUAAUAAUGGCAAAAAUGUGCAGUAUGGAAUAGGGCAGCCAAGCAUAUAAGCUCCAAAGCCCUGGGAACUGAAAGGGUGCAGCGCCCUUACUUCCCCAAAGUUUAAGGACCACUGCAGAUGGCUAUGUUGCAGUAGCGCUGUAUAUCAAUUUUACCACAAUGGAUUUCCCACUUUAAUGCUGGUUAUUUGGGGCAGAUAAAAAGAUGCAAGCUAAACAAUAUGUACUCAGCCCUAAAUCAAAGCAAAAGUUUUCUGCCAGUCUGUCCAUUAGAUGCAAUUAUAACAUUAAAUAUUAAAGGAGGCGCCCUCCCUUCGGAGGAACAGACUGCUUUUUAUUGGUGCAUUUAGGUGGUAUUAAUGCAUUAUCAGCUAUAUAUUGAGAGGUUUUGUUCUCCAACUGCACACAAUCCAUUUGUGGGGUCUAAUUUCCUCAUGUUUGGCUGACCCCUUUGUGUAGUAAUCAUUUGUGUAGAAUAGAUGACAUAUUACUUGGUCUCAAACUCCUAAUUUAGAUUUUGCAGAACCACUUUCAAAUCUGCCCAGAGUACUGCGACCAUCAGCGGCCUGAGCACAGAUUUCUAACCAUUAACCAACUUAGAGUCAAGCCCCGUUGAAUUCAGCAAAACUUACUUAUGAGUUAACGUGUAUGUGAUUGCUCUAUUAUAUAUAUCGGCUCAGGUCACUGUUGUAUAUCACAAGAUCAGUUUCUGCUUUACAAUACAACUUUAAUCCUACUUUUGUUUUGUCUCUGUCUCCCUUGCAGAUCAGACUAUUCCCAUGCAUUUAUUUCCACCACAUUGCAAAGCCAGAAUCAUGCAGGAAUCGUUUGCUGUCCAUUUCCUGAAGGUGCUGAAGGAACUCCUAGCUUUUGUGCUGUUCAGUUACACAGUGCUGUUAGGGGCGCUGCUGUUGGCUGGCUGGACCACUUAUUUCCUGGUGCUUAAGUGACAGCUCAUAUUUUCCACCAGCAGCUUACAGAUGGAGCCCAGAUGCACUGUCUAUCCAACACGCAAUCAAUAAACACAAUUCCAUUUCUAUUCUAGAGACUCGACAAGUUUAUUUUGUUACCUGCUUAAUUAUGUACCUUUUAGAUAUAUAAAAUGCACGGCAAAUUAUUUUUAUUAUUUUUUGGUUGAUUGAUUGAGGUUAUUUAUAUGCUGCUUUUCCACAAUGAAUUGUACCCAAAGCAGUUUCACAGCAAACAUUAAAAAACACUGAAAUGAAGAGCAUUGGAAAUAUACAAAUAUAUAAAAUACAGAACAUGUGAGUAAAUUCUAUCAAAAUAACAAAAACAAAAAACAAUUUGGCAAACAUUACCAAAAAAAUAAUAAUCUCCAAACAAUAUAGGCUUAAGUACAUAAAUACAUGCCUGUUGCCUUUGUCCAUGGAGUUUUCUUGGCAACGAUACUGGAGUGGCUUGCCGGUUCCUGCUCCAGGUGGAUCACGUUUGGUCAAAACUCUCCACUAUGACCUGUUCAUCUUGGGUGGCCCUGCACGACAUAGCUCAUAGUUUCUCUGAGUUAUUCAAGCCCCUUCGCCGUGGCAAGGCAGUGAUCCAUGAAGGAGGAGAAGGGGACAACAGAGGACGAGGUGGCUGGACAGUGUUCUUGAAGCUACCAACAUGAGUUUGACCAAACUGCGAGAGGCAGUGGAAGACAGGAGGGCCUGGCGUGCUCUGGUCCAGGGGGUCACGAAGAGGCGGACACGACUAAACAACAACACCACAUAAAUACAUAGCAAAACAAGUUAACCAACAAUAAAUGUUCUGGUCUUGCUGCACUCGAAGGAGCCUGGCU